UGUAUAAUCUGUCUACUAAAAUAACUUACAGGUAUACCGCCCAGCGACGGACCCCAACUGCUGGUGUAAAGCUGAACAAGAUGGAAAGGAGGGCUUAGUCCCAAUGAAUUACAUUCAAAUGAAGCCAUGCGAGUGGUUUGCUCGUAAUAUGACAAGGGCUAAUGCGGAGCUGAGGCUGAAAAAUGCUUUAGAUGAGUCGUUUCUUGUUAGAGAGAGUGAAAGUACCCCUGGAGACUUUUCUCUAUCCGUGAAAACCAAUUCUGGUGUACAACAUUUCAAGGUUUUGAGAGACGGGGCAGGAAAAUACUUUAUCUGGCUUGUUAAAUUUAAAUCUCUGAACCAGUUGGUAGACUAUCAUCGUACUUCGUCCGUUUCACGUUCGGAACAGAUUUUGCUUCGUCACCCGAUUAUAAGUUAGAGUCGUUAACAAAAAAAAAGAGAUAUUCUGAUUUGUUGAGAUGUUUUUAUAACAUGUUGUAUUAUAGUAUCGUAACACGUGUUAUCGUAACACAGUAUUAUCACGACUUUAUAUAACGCCCUUCAAAA